UUCCGACUCUCAUCUGGGAAAUUAGGUUAAAUAAUCAGAAUUGAUAGGAUUCAUUUGGGUUCUAGGGUUCAUUUUGUUCAGAUUUCUAGUUAUAUGACUGGAUUGACUGCAGCUCUUAGUUGAUAUUGCUAUGCUUUUGGGUUUCUUCUUUGUCUUACUCUUCUGUCUUGGAAUUCUUACUGUUAGAUAUCUUGUGCAUUUAUUAUGCUCUGAGUUGUAUCAAACGAAAAAAAAAUUGUAGACCUUUAUAUGUUGGGGAACAUUGAGAUUUUACCUAAAGUUUGAGUUCACGAUAUACAUUCGAGUUGAGCUUUCUCAUAUUAUGAAAGGUUCCACUGAGUUGAAAUUCUUGUUUAACAGAAUUUUUAAACGAUGAAGAUGCACAAAGCACUCUUUUAUCGUUAUUUUGUCUUUCGAGCAAGUUGAUUUAAAGGGUUCUUGGAGAGAGUCAUUUUGAUAGCUUUGAGAGUGGAUGAGAAAUGUAAUCCGUUAGCUUGUGGUGCUCGUCUUUCAGAUUACAAGUUCUUCCCAUAUUUUUUAUGAUAAACUAGAGCUAAGUUUAUCCCCAGCAAUUCGUACUUGGAAAAAUGAAGUUCCAGCUAAGGGGUCAUACUUCUUUCUCCAAAAGGAAAUCAUAUUAGCAGCUCUUUCCAAAAGGGGUCUCUCAUGAGGGGAUGAAUACACAUAAAUAUGUUCAGAGGGCUGUUGCUUUUAUUUUCAAGGUGUGUCAGGUGGGAAAUUAAGGGGAGUGAAAUGAAUCAUGUUUCUGUGCAUUGUAUAGUUGCUUCCAUUUUUAAGCAGAAAAGAUUAAGGAUAGCCAGGCUGGAUUGGAGUGGCUCCCAUGCUCAAUCGGUCAAACCUUAUUGCACUUGAUAAUAGGGAAGGAAUGCCAAGGUUAUUAGGCGGUUGUAGUGUGUUGGUUCUAAUCUGUAUGCUCCAGUGGAAAGAGAUAGAAGAUUACACACAGGCGCAAUGGUAGAUGAACCUUAGUAUAGAGUAAGAUUCGGGUCCAGUGAUUGACCUUUGUUUCAGUAGCCUUCUGGUUUCUGUGGCUUUUAAAAAACCACACCUACUCUUAUAUGUUGCAAGAUUGCCAGGUAACACUAUGAUAGGGUUUAUGUUUCGGGUAGGCUGGUUUCUAUUUAUCCUAGCUGCUUCUGUUGAAAUUAUUCAAACUUCUGCUGCUUUUCUCUAUUGUCCACUCUGUCCACUUUUGUUCUGGCAUUUUUUUGCCAACAAAAGUUGCUUCUUUUCAAAGAAAAAUGAAGUAUUCCCCUCCAUUUUGCUUCCUGAUGUUAGCAUCAGCCAUUAGGGAAAAGUUUAGGUUCUCAAAAAAAUAUUUCUUUUCUAAGAGACAUUGCGACACUUUAGGCCUAUAAGAUAGAGUAUUUAUGUAAGGUUUAGUAUCAUCUGUAUUCAAUUCUCUGUUUUUUUUUUCCUUUGCUCAGAUGUACUUUUAGUUUCAUUUACCUGUCUAAUUGCUGGGUCUACGAAACAAUUGUAAGCAUAACUGUUCACCGUAGACUGUAUUUGUGUUCAGGUCUGGGAAUUUGUACUUUAGCCAUAGAGGUCUGGAAAUUAAUCUUUACGAGUUUUCUUCUGCUAUAACUCCUCUAAGACAGUUGGGCAUGGUAGUUGUACUAGGAGAUGUAACUUUGUAAUAUGAUAGUUUUCUUCACCAUUUCCUCGUCAUCCUGUCAACUAUCUAGUUGAAGGCUUGCAUGUUGCUGAGUGCUUACUGUUUAGGAGUUUCUUGAUGGGAUGUUGGAGACAUGCAUUUAUCUAGAACAAGGUCUUCACAAUUUGAGAGAUCUCAGUUAGAGAACUUGCAGUGAAGCAAAGUGCACAGUGGGUUCAUUAGAACGGUUAAAGAAUUAUAAUCAUAGCCAUGGCGUCUGAGAUGACAAUGCAUUACGGUGGAUGCCACUGUAAGAAUGUAAGAUGGCGAGUUCAAGCACCUACUAAGGUUGUGGCUUGGAGUUGCAACUGUUCGAAUUGCUCUAUGAGGGGUAAUAUUCAUUUCGUUGUCCCUUAUGAAAGAUUUGAAUUGUUGGGUAAUUCUGAACAGUUUCUUACAACUUAUAGCUUUGGCACUCACACAGCAAAGCAUACAUUCUGUAAGGUCUGUGGGAUAACUUCCUUUUAUUAUCCACGGUCAAACCCUGAUGGGGUUGCAAUCACAUAUAGGUGUGUAGAUCCCGGAACACUAACCUACGUUGAGGUUAAGUACUUCGAUGGAAAAAACUGGGAAGACUCCUACAAGCAAUCAAACAUUGCUUCGCAGUCGAACGGAGACUCCAGAAAUUAAAAGGAUGAAGACUACAUGCUAAAAUCUUUUCGUUUGGAGUUUGAAGGUGGAAGUACAUCAUUGUCUUGUUGCUUUAUUCGGGAUGGGAAGCUUUGAGAAAUUUAUAAUAAUGUAUGAUUGACUCCUCUGUAACUGUAGUGCUUUUCCACUCGGUUCUUUGUUAAAUUUGUUUUUGUUACUUUG